AGGUUGAGAGAGAGAGGGAAUUAGAGAAGGAGGUAUCAGGUAGGAGAUGGAGGGAAGGUUGUAUGAAGCAGCAUUGACUGGAAAUGCAUCCACGCUUAACGCAUUAAUCCAAGCAGACCCUUUGCUUCUGGAUCGAUCUUCUGUCGCUGCUACCUUCGACCAAUCCCCCUUGCACAUAGCCGCCAUGCGCGGCCACCUUGAGUUUGCAAUCUUACUCCUCUCCAAAAACCCCGAGUUGGCCAACGAGGUCGACUGGCUGGGCCGCUCCCCGCUUCACCUGGCAGCAGCCAAGGGCCACUCCGACGUCGUCAGAGCCCUGCUCAGCGCCCGCCCGAAGGCUUGCCUCGUUCGGGACCAAGACGGGAGACUCCCUCUCCACUUAGCAGCCAUGAAGGGACGAGUUGAAGUCAUACGUGAGCUGAUCUGCGCUCUGCCUGAGUCGACUCACGCGACGGUUGGAAGAGGAGAGACGGUGUUGCACUUGUGCGUCAAGUAUGGCCGCUUGGAGGCUCUAAAGGUGCUAAUGGAGUUUUGUAGAAGGAAGGAGUUUGUGACGCUCAUCAACGCCAAAGAUGGUGACGGCAACACCAUCUUGCACCUUGCCGCAGCUCUUAAACAGGAAGAGGCCAUAAAAUACCUUCUUUCAAUAACGGAAUUGAAAAAACUUGCAAACGCAUUGAACGGGAACGGGUUCACGGCGUUGGAUGUUGCGGAGAACUCUCCGGUGAGGGAUAUCAAGAGCCUAGAGAUCUGCAAUUUUCUCCUGGGAGUCGGAGUUCGGAGAAACAGAGACUUCCUCGAAAUCAACAGCACUACCGAUGAGCAUAUUGCAAAAGUCCCUCCAGAAAAAUCGACACUGCAGCAAAGGAUUUCGGGAAUGAUAAGGAAGCAGUGGAGAGUGCUGUUCCCCGACGACCCCGCGUGGAUAAAAGAGACGCGGGGGUCGCUGAUGACGAGUGCCACGGUGAUUGCGUCCAUGGCCUUCCAGGUGGCACUGAACCCCCCUGGCGGAGCCUGGGACGAACCCAACCCCACAGACGCCAAAACGAACACUUCUUUCGAGGCGGGGACUGCCAUAGGCGCGGCGAAGGACAGGAGCGCCUUCGACAAGUUUAUACUCUUCGACGAGCUGGCCUUCUUCACAUCCCUCGGCAUGACCAUGCUACUGGCGAGCGGGUUUCCUACAAAUAACAGGGUAUGCACCUGCAUUCUCGCCAUAGCCAUGUGCUUGACGCUGGCCUUCUCCGGACUCACGUACUAUUACGCCAUUAACCUCAUACUUCCCUACAACCUGUGGUUUCCGUCCAUCCUGGUGAUGGUUGCUGUGCUCGGAGUCCUGUUUGUGGAGUUCUGCAUUAUCACGCUGUAUUUAGUCAUUCAUUUGGUUGAAUGGCUAUGGAAUAAGUGUCCGAAGGCUAUCAAAUUCUGCUGCCCGGAAGCAAACCGCUAAGAAACAAUUCAUCCUUGGCGCCACAUGCAGUAUGCUUGAAAUCCACUAAUUGUACGUAAGAUUAAUCAGGUACUAGUAUUUGAAAUAACACGAAAUUAAACGUGUAUUAAUAUAUAAUACGGAAUUCCAC